AUGUUCAGGAAUUCCACAACUAGAUCUGCUGGUCGAACCAACAAGGAUUGCAAUCAUGAAAGAACCCCUGGUCAACGAAGUGGGGGGCCUCCUUUGGGUGGGUCAACUCCCUCUGAGAACAGUGGUGAUGCUAAGAGAAGGAGUAAUAUCCUGCCUGCCUCUUGGUACAUCCCUCCCAGAGGGAAUGGGGGAGGCGGAGGAGGCAGUGACCACGGUGGAGGAGGAGGAGGAGGAGGAGGAGGAGGAGGCCAUCCCGAGUCUCUGAACCCUAGUUUCUCCCUGUGGUGGCGAUUACCAGAGGAAUGGCAGCUAAAUUGCAAGUUAAACAUAACCGUGCUGCCCGAAUGGAACGGUGCUGGAGAUACGGCCAUCAACUACCUAAGUGAAAUGGGAUUCCUAGCUGCCCUAAGCCCAAAAAUGAAGGAGGGAAUCGCUCAAUUGGCUCCAUUCAAGUGGACCUCAAACAACCAUCCGCACGCUGCGCAUGCAGCAGAGGUUGAACCGAUUGAACAAGGAGUCCAGAUAGAAUCCUACUCAUCUGAUGAAGAGGGGAAUCUGGAGCAAGAUGUCAACUUCGCUUCCAAUAACAAUCAUAGACUGCUGCCACGUUCUGGGGGGCAUAAGCCUGCUCUUGCUAAACCAGAAUUUCCGCAUGGUAAGAUGGUAAACGGGAUUACUUUCGAGAGGGACGACUCCAAGGUCAGCCUGCGAGAACCCAAUGGAGACUGCUAUAUUUGCACUAGCCCCAAGCAUUUCCAUAGGGAUUGCCCUCACUACGGUAAAUGGAACGUGCUCCAAAAUGUCCAUAAGAUUCAUGUAGUAUGGGACAAAGAAGAAGAGGCAGAUAGAGAGUACUUAGUUAUGCUGGCUGAAACUAAGACUCUGAUUUCUGCUUAUGAGAGUGACAAAAGACUUAAGACCUAUGCUAAGGAAAUUCAUUCGUCCCAGUAUUACCAAAAGGAAUCACUCACUGCUGAAAAGUGUGUUAUGCCCGUGACCAAAGAGCGCGAUGGGAUGGGUGCUCGCUGGUCUGAUGGGAAACAGUUCGCCAUCGUCAAUCCCAACCAGCACUUCACACGCGCGUGCCCCAUCUAUAAUAAGGUCCUGCAUAACUUUUGCUUUUGGGCAACUGGAGACAUCCAUGCCAGACGCAAUAGAAAUCAGUGGUCAGGUCCAGCACAGUUUGGUCAAUUCUUACAGCUAGGGCUGCCAGCUCUUGAUGCAGGUGCUGACGUACCUCCUGUUCCUGUUGAUCCUACUUGGGACUCUUCUGUUGCUCCUGACUUCGACGCCCCUGCCAGUGAGGUCCAGGCUGGUGAUGUCAAUUCUACGGUCAGCAUCAUGCCGAAAGCUGAUAAUGAUGGACAACCCCAUACGCGUGCAGUUAUUAAAAAGGGGAAAGCUGUUACUGCUUGUAAUGGACCCAUUUCACUAGUAGCUGCACUCUACAUCAAUGUAUUUAUGGCAGCUGCCAUGGCAAAACUUGAUCAGCUACCGUGA